AUGUCAUCUAGUGCACCUGAAAUUAAAUGUUCAAUUUUUUGUGAGAAAACAUUUAAAGUUCAGAAAACUUUAGAUACCCAUAUAAAAAAAUAUCAUAAAAAUGGCGAUAAAAAUAGAGAAACAAGAAUAAUUUGUCCUUAUGAUGAGUGUAACGAACCUUUGUUUAAAUUUUCAAAAUUAAGGAUUCACCUGUUUGAAAAACAUAACAUUACUAUAGAAGUAAAAGAACUAAGUUUUUCGACCAUUGCAGACGAUGCUCCUGCAUUUUAUAAUGCUUGGAUUGCUAUAAUGGGACCGGUUGAACAUAGACUUCUGUGUACUUGGCACGUCGAUAAAAACUGGAGACAAAAUUUAUCUAAAAUCAGUGGUGGAUCAGAAAAAAAAUCAAUUGUUUAUAAGACACUGCGCAUAUUAUUACAGACCACAUCCAUUGAAGAAUUUAAAAACAAUCUCCAAAAUGUCAUAAAAGAUUUAAAACAAGACAAAGACACCUAUACAUUUGGGGUUUAUUUCGAAAAAUAUUACUCAAAACGACCAGAAUGUUGGGCUUAUUGUUAUCGACUAAGACUUGGGAUUAAUACAAAUAUGUACUUGGAAUCAUUUCAUAAAGUAUUAAAACACAUAUAUUUGGAAGGAAAGAGAGUAAAACGUUUGGACAAAACAAUUAAUGCUCUGAUUAAAUAUUCCAGAGAUAGUCUAUACAAACGUUUGAUUAAGUUGUCAAAAAAUAUCCCUACUGAAAAAGUCCAAAGAGUACGUCAGAGUCAUAACUCAAGUAAAUUAAUUAAACUAGAACAAAUACAAAUUGUGGAAAACAAAAAAGUAUAUAUUAUCAGAUCAUUAUCCAAUCCCUCACAGCAGCACUAUAUUAUAAAAACUGAUGAAACAUGUACACAGUCAUCAUGUUUGAAAUGCAAAAAGUGUGAUAUUUGCAUUCACACUUUUCAAUGCUCUUGUAUUGAUAAUGUUAUAAAAGCAAAUAUUUGUAAACACAUACAUGCUUGUGCUCGCGAGUUUAUAAGUUUAGAUGGCAAUACUGAAAAUACUGUUUUUCAAGACUCAGAUAUGACAGAGCAAAAAAAGUUAAUGGAUAUGGUUGCAACUUCUAGUCACCAUAAAGCUCACAAAAAUCAAACAAUCAUAAGCCAAACACAAAUGAUUUUGGGUCUGAGUUCAACAAAUGAAUAUAGUAAUGAAAACUUACAAAAAAUUGAAAAAAAGUUGGCAGAAGUUUUAGCAAUCAUGAAUGAAGGAGGACAAACUCACUUAAAAACAGUUGAAGAAGUCAAUGUUCAAAGGAAAAUAGAUCCACAGCUUCGGCUUUAUUCAACAAAAAAGAAAUCCAGCAAAACAUCAAUAGCAAAGCCUUCUGUAAAUGAAGUAAAUGCAAUUAUUUCUGGACUUAAAGAUGACAAUAAUGAGACUAUAAAUGUUCAUAAUGUAUUUGAUCAUUCAUAUUCUUAA